AAACACCCCCUUUCCAUGGCUAUAAAACUCCCACCUACUGCUCCCCUCUGGAAACGCCAGAACGCUCCUCCAUCUCCAUCCCAAGGCUUGAACCCGAAGCCUCUGCCGCCGCUGCUGCCUCCUGUAGACCUCUCUGAGGUUUCGUGCCGCGCUGCGCCGGUCGUCCGCCUGCAAGCAAGCAAAGCAAUGGGGUGUAAGGCGUGCGACAAGCCCAGACCGAGCUACCGGAAGGGGCUGUGGUCGCCGGAGGAGGACCAGAAGCUCCGCGAUUACAUUCUCCGGCACGGCCACGGCUGCUGGAGCGCCCUUCCCGCCAAAGCCGGGCUCCAGCGGAACGGCAAGAGCUGCAGGCUGCGGUGGAUCAACUACCUGCGGCCGGGGCUGAAGCACGGCAUGUUCUCGCCGGAGGAGGAGGAGACGGUUAUGAGCCUCCACGCCGCCCUCGGCAACAAGUGGUCGAGGAUCGCACGGCAUUUACCGGGGAGGACCGACAACGAGGUGAAGAACUACUGGAACUCGUACCUCAAGAAGAGGGUCGAGGGCGGCAAGGAGGCGCCCGGCUCGCCCGCACCGCCGGCGGCGAACUCCGCCGCGGAGUCAGACGGGUCCCAGAGCCCGAGCCAAGGGGAAGUCAGUACGGCGCAGGAACGGGCCGGCCGGCCGUCGAACUCCGGCUCGUCGGAGCCGCCGCACGAGUCGUCGUCGGCCGACUCGAGCUGUCUGACCGUGACCGAGCCUCCCGCCUGCAGGGCCCACGCGCCCGUGGCUCCCAAGGUGAUGUUCGCAGAUUGGCUCAACAUGGACUACAUCGGUGGCCAGGUGGCGGCGGCGGCACCUGGCCCGGAAGCCGCGGGGGUGGUUGGUGCAGGAGGCGGCGAUCAUCGUCAGGUGAUGAGCCAGGGGUCCGCGCAGGUCGAUGGGCCACCUGGCGUGGAGGAUCCCCUGCACGGCGGCUUCGGCGACAACGGCACCUGCUGGGAGUUCCUGGAGCAGUUCGACAGCAUGGAUCAGAUGCAGGCCGGCGGCGGGUUCUGCGACCUGCUCUCCAUGACCGAGUUCUUCGGCCUCAACUAGAGCAUCGCCAAGGGAUAAGGAGGAAUUAUAGAGUUUCUUGAAAUUUGUUAGACAUUUCGUCAGGUUUAAAGGCGCGUUUGUAAUGCUGCAGUGUAAAUUAUGGCCGUAAUGUAAUGUAUGUAUAGAGCAAUCAAUUUGAGAGCAUGUA